UGAAAAAUCAUAAUUAGUCAUUGCCAUUUUUUGAGCUUGGCCUGUUCUGGACAUUUAUUUGGGGAAUGUGCGUGCCGUGCGCCCAUGAGCCUCUCUGACUUUUUUUUUUCUUGUGGAUUUCGAUAAAAUCUUUGGACUCUGGUUUGUAACCCGCUGGACUCUGGAGGGACCCUCCUCAGAAUUUACUGGAAGAUCGUUUUACAUUUAUCCAAAAUGCGACCCAUCCCAUCCAGACUCAGCUAUCUGUGUCUACACUUAUUCGCGUUUUGCUACUAUGCUCAGGUAACCAAUCAGUCCCCGCCUAAUUUCACGCAGCAUGUAAGCGAGCAGAGCAAAGUGACGGACCGCGUGAGCCGCCGGUUGAUCCGGAUCUACCAGCUGUACAGCCGGACCAGCGGCAAGCACGUGCAGGUCCUGCCCAACAAGAAGAUCAACGCCAUGGCCGACGAUGGAGAUGUGCACGCUAAACUCAUUGUGGAGACGGACACAUUUGGGAGCCGAGUGCGCAUCAAGGGAGCUGAGACAGGCUUCUACAUCUGCAUGAACAAGAGGGGAAAGCUCAUCGGCAAGAAGAACGGACAAGGCCGCGACUGUAUCUUCACAGAGAUCGUUCUUGAAAACAACUACACGGCGCUGAGGAACGCCCGCUAUGAGGGCUGGUACAUGGCCUUCACCCGCCGUGGGAGGCCACGGAAAGGUUCGCGUACGCGCCAGCACCAGCGCGAGGUCCAUUUCAUGAAGAGGCUGCCGAAGGGGCAGCAGCCCGCCCACUCCAGCCACCACCGCCCCUUUGACUUCAUCCACUACCCUUUCAGUCAAAGGACUAAACGCACACGCUACUCAUCAGAGCGCUGAGAAGGGGAGCGAGAGAAAAGACAGAAAGAAAGAGGAGAAACUGACAGACUGACCAAAUUCCCAGCAGCCGGCACACUCCUCCGCUCUCCUGCAAAACCUCUAAAGACAUUUUUAUACUGAGCAUUACUAUAUCUUAAUAUGUAGGUUGUUUUCUAUUUUUCUCAAAAAAAAGCUGUACAUAGACAAAAACAUGAGAAUUUAUUUUUGUACUCCAGACUUAGUACUGACCUGUGUGUUUGUAGAUGCACAUCACUAACUGUCUGACUUAUCGAGACUCUUAGUAGAGUGCACUGUGUUGUUGUUUUUUAUUUCAUUUGACCAGUGGAGUCUGUUUUUGGACUCUCGCCUGCUGCUCAAGGAGACUUGAAGGGCCCUGAUUGACCGCACUGCCAGGAACGCUGCAUUCACACACACAAACUGUCACACACUGUGCGUUGGGUAAACGUUGCAGAAGCGUGUGGCGGUAACACUGCAGUGUUUUAAGCAUCCUGACUGGGAUGGUUCUGUGUCGCUCUCACACAGUGAUGGAACAAUGUGGCAGCUACAUUUGAUAAUCACAGGUUCUGACUGUAAUAUUGAUGUGUACAAAAUGCAGUGUGUAAGGCACCCGACACGCCCGCUCCCCCUCACCCUUACCCUCUUGUGUUCUCGUUGCCCACUGAAUGUUUGUUUUUAUACAUAUAUAAAUAUAUUUUUAUUUGAGGAUGUGUAAAAUAAUUUUAAGGAUGGAAUAUUUAUUUAAAAUGUGUAAUAAAUGUACAUUAAAUACUGAUAUUAAACUCUUGUUUGG